AUGGACGACAGCGAACCUGGGUACCACUCUGAACACACGUCCUUCGUGUCCUCUCGCACAGACCACGAAUACAUCCCCAGAACAGACAAUUUGGAAGGGAGAACAAAUGAGGGUGUGCAAGAAACGCGACUAGUGAUUGGUCUGGACUAUGGCACCACAUACACCGGUGUAGCUUAUGCUACCCCAUCGGGGCACAACUGCUCGCUGGAGACCAUCGACGUAAUGGUAGAUUGGGGUGCGACCGUAGAUGAAAAGGUGCCAAGUGUCAUUUCAUACUCGCGCCCCAACUACGAGUGGGGUGGUGCUUUGAGUGACGAUUCUAUCUCAAUGGUCCACACUAAACUUGAGCUCGGUCUUCAAAGUCGCCUGGGUGAGCUGGACAUGACGCUUCAAAUCCUGGAUGGGAUGUCCAAUCUCAAUAUCGACGAGAUGCUGAGCACCAUGUGCAACUAUGACGAUGUACCUGCCUACUCACACAAAAGCCCGGAAGAGAUAGUCACCGACUAUCUGCAAAAGGUAUUCCAACACCUAGAGAUGGAAGUCGAUCAGUUUGGUCCAAUCGCAAGAAAGUAUACAGCGACUGAUCUUGUAGUUACUGUACCCACUGACUGGUCUUACAUGGCGAUGAACUCAACCUAUCGAGCAUUGAUGAAAGCUGGGUUCAACCGAACGAACUUCCCGAGAUUACAGGACGUCAUGUUCGUCACAGAACCGGAGGCAGCUGCAGUCUAUACUGCGCGCCAUUAUCGAGACGAGCUGGCCCAAACGACUUUGCAGGAGGGGCAGUACUUCAUACUCUGCGAUGCUGGGGGUGGUACAGUGGACGUGGUAUCAUACCAGGUCAAGCGAUUAGAACCAGCCCUCGAGCUGGAGCCGAUUGGAAGCCCGACUGGUGACAAAUGCGGAUCGAUCUUCAUCAAUAUGAAGUUCAAAAAAUGGCUUCGAAAGAUACUCACGGAUGUCCACUACAAAGAACUGGAUCCCAAUUUCGAGAUCGACAAGACUGCGACCCAUGCCUCAGAAACCCCAGCUAUGAGAUCACUCAUGAAGGACUUCGAUUUGAAGAAGAAACAUUUUACGGCAGGCUCGUCUGGUUGCAAACUAGAGCUUCCGCCUCCGUUGGAGAACCUCAUUAUCCAAGGUCGCGUAAAUCAGGGUCUUCUCACAAUCAAGAGGCACGAGAUGGAGUCAUUCUUCGACGCAUCAAUCGAGCAGAUCGUCAUACUGAUCAAGGACCAUAUCAAGAGGAUCCGAGAGCAGCGCCGUAACCGCCCCAAAAACCUGUUCUUGGUAGGAGGAUACGGCGAAUCGGAGUACCUUCAAGCUCAGAUACAGGAGAUGCUACUGCAUGAACGACUGAUAAUGCAGUACUGGAGGCCCCAAAAGUCUUGGACAGCAGUUGUUCGCGGUGCGGUCGUUUGUGGUAUCGAGAAGAACUUCACUAAAAGCUUGAAGCGGACGGACUCUUGCCGAAACAGCUACGCAAUAUGUCUGGAUGAAAGCUACACUUCGACAUACCAUGGUAAUCAAGAAGAGAUCAUCGAACAUGGCGGAGGUACUUUCGCUAAAGGACAACUCACGUGGCUGCUGAACAAAGGCGACCUUGUCCUGUUAAAUGAAUCGACGAAGCGGUCCAAAACGAUACAUAUCCGGCUGUCGAAACAGCGACAGGACAUGAUGACUUUGAAAAUCUGGCAAUACAUGAGCGACGAGAGAUACCGCCCCACACGUCUCGAAGACGCUACUGACGAACUUCGAAACGCAGGCGAACUUGGCAUUGACCUGAGUAAAAUCCAAUUUGAUCGUGUGCGUCAAAGGCUUGGAAAGCCCACGUACUUCACGGCUGAUUUGGAGCUGGUACUGGACCUGGAGUGGGACAAACUACGGGCGACUCUGUGGUGGAAACAAACAGAACUAACAAGCAUUUCGGUACUAUACUAG